AUGUUAGUAUUUUUUAGUUGUUUGGUGAAAUUUUAAAGCAUACAAGUUCGAUUGAAUAUUUCGAAGAAACUAAACCAAGCUAAACUGUUUAUGUGACGGUUCGUUGCGCCAGAUAGCGAUUUUUUCGAUUUAAGUAGAUAGAAAAGUGGAAUUCUACGAAUCUGCCUGCUCAUUGGAAACUUUCAUCAAGGGGCUACAGUUUUUGUAGAUAAUCGAAUUAUGGAUACGUCCAGCGACGAGAGGAAAUCGACUGUGCUUAUUAAACAGGAUCAUCAUUUUGCUUCCAUCGUUAAUAGUCUACUGGACAGCCUUGGAGAAAAAGAUGAGCAGCUGCGCAGCACUACUGAAGCAUCGCUGAUAAGAAUUGCAAAGCGCCGACAUGACGAAAUCGUAGAAGUGUUCUGCGAGUACCGCAAGAAACACCCAAAACUUGGUGAUGCACAGGCUUCCAUCAUAUUAAGAGUGAUUGAACAUGUCGUAAUGAAUUUGAUGGACCAAAUCACCCAUGACACAGCAUCGAAGUGCGUCGAGUACAGCGUAAAUGAGAUAACACGUUCACCGGACCAGCAAGCGGACGUUCAAAACCCAUGUCGAGAGAUUUUGGUUUCAGUCGGAAGACGCUACUGUAAAGAAGUGAUGGAUGCAUUGUCUAAACACGUAGAUCAACACCAAGUAGCGCACUUUAUGAUACUUUAUUCGAUGGGAUCACUAGCCACGGCCAACGUAAUGGAAUCUAUUCCUUUGAUUAAGCCAAUUUUGGGCUUCGUUCUACCGACCCUUUCGUCGAUUAAGCAAGAUUAUAUUAGACAGUCGUACGCUUUCGCUGUCGGACGGUUCUGCGAAGCGUUUUGUGAGUAUAAGGAACAUCAGCGUCUGCAUCCGAACGAGGAAACUCCGAUGAAAACUGGCAUCACAUACGACGUCUCAGACGAAGUGGGGAUAGCAUACGAUUUGUUCCAGAGCCAAUGGCUUUCAUCACGUGAACCGAAAUUGUCGUAUGAAGUCCUGAAUGCAUUGUCUUUCAUGUAUCCUUUGUUGUCGGUUGAGAAGAUCAACGAUGGAUUGAUGAAAGUGAUUCCAAGCACAUUGGCACUCUAUCGACGCAGCUUAGAUCGAAGUGUCUUAACACAGUAUCUAGCGUCGAUAAUUAAAACGGUUCUUUCACUCAAUUCGACGCUUCUGUCGGGAUUAUCCGACAAUAUCAUAGCUUGCCUCUUCGACUUGGUGUGUGUUAAUCCAGACUACGAGAAACCACAAACGGUGAAGGGACACUAUGAGGUUUUGCGAUGCUUUGAUUUGAUGGCUAACGAUUAUGGCGAUAAAAUUAUCGAUAUUCUGAUUAUACAUCUACGCAGCAACAACGAACGCGAGAGGAUCAAGUCUCUGCUCGUUUUAACCCAUCUCACCAAUACAUCGGAGCGUGUCAUCAACGAAAAGCAGCAUGAGAUAACCACCAUCCUGAAGACAAUGCUCACGGUCGAGCGAUCGAUUAAGUUGAAGGUGGUACUUUUGAAGACGAUUGUUGCAUUCAUGCAACGUAGUUUUGUUCAUGAAAAGGAGUUUGUGACAUUUUUGAUAAGAGGCAGCUGUCGAAUGAACAAGUUCAACACCGAGUAUGGUAGCAACGAUGAAUACCAGGAGUUUGUGAAAGCGUGUAACGAUACAAUGUUCAUUUUGUCCUCCACCAUUGGCACAAUGGACGAUGUGCUGAAAAUGGAACUCCUUCAAAGUUAUCUUAGACUGGAAUUUACCGACAUUUGCAGUACGAUUGCCAAAUGCUUGGCAAAUCUCCUGGCGAAAAAUGCGGAAAUAAGUCGAGUCCCGGAACGGCGUAAUCCGUUCGAUGAAAGCGAACCCAGCGAGGACAUUAGACCACCUAAUCCCAUAUCAAUAUUUGUGCGUUCACUAGCAUUACUGGGUAACUUCUCCGAAGCAGCUCGAGUGCAGAAUGUUCUGUCUUUCCUCAAAAGCUACUCGACGAACCUCUACAAACACUUGUCACCACUAUGGAACGAACGAAUUGGAAGCAUGCUUCAGGAGUUGGGCAACGUGAAUGGUAUGGACCAGAAGCGAUACGAUGUGGUUUUGUUUGAUUUUCUCCAAGCCACUAUUAAGGAUGUUGACGAAUUUAAGUUUGUCGAGGGCAUCAUUGCUGAAAUAUUUCAUCAACUGCCUUUGUAUCAACCAAUCUCCACUGGUUCAAGUCAGCAACAGUUGGAGUUCAAAAUUCCCAUCCUGGACCAAGAGAAGCGAAUGCUGGUAAAAGUUCUGGGAAUGUGCCUCUGUCAUUCGGUAGAUGAGCAUCUGAUAACCAAUAAAAUCGACUUGAUCAUAGGGUUGGCUAAAGCGGAGAAGCUUGAGAAGAACGCCCCCAAUGAAGAAUAUGAAAAACUAGUUCAAGAUCAUGCCCAAGCCUUAGGUUUCGUAUCGGUUGAGCACAGUGAUAAACUGAUGAAGAAGCUUCUCGCGUUGGUAAUCGAUGACGGAACUGUAAAGAAAUCUGGAAGCUUUUUCUCAAAUUUGAACUUUAUCAAGGAUACGAGUAAAGAACAGGAAAACUUCAAAAUAAAGGUGCUGGUACUGCAGGCACUAAACUUUGUGGUUACGAAAGCUGCUCAAGAGAAAGUGGUUCGACUUUUCGACGAAACUGUUAUCAAUUACCUGACGGCUCAGUUCGAUAACAAGGAACUGUUUAUCAAAAAGCUAAUCCUAAGUACCUUCCUGAGCCUUGCAGAUAUACUGCUAUCGAAUCCAAAUGCCCUACCCGAGGAUCAUAUGAACAAUUUUAAAAACAAAAAAGAUCUUCUCAAAAUUUGCAUGAAUAUUACGUGUGACUCACAAAAUGAAUAUCUCCCUCUCUUUCCGCUUAUUCUCAAAUUGUCGACUGCUCUGAUCAAACUGAAUGGCGAAGAUGAAAAUGUCGAUGUCAAUGAAUUGCUAAAUACCGCUUGUUUCUAUUUUUUCACCACGGCUCAAAAUCUGAAAAGUAAGUUUGAUUCCAUCGAGGAAGACAACAGAAACAGCUAUCUGGCAAAGUAUCUUAAUCUAUCGCUGCCGGAAUUGAAUCAGUUUAUAAAAUCAAUCCUUGAGCAACAGAAUGGCUCACCGGCUUGUUUGGAUGACAUCAACUCGAUUUUGGAGAUUUGGCUCAAAGAUCGCAAUAACGAAGUUCGUAUUUGCGCCGGCCACGUGUAUAACAACACGCUUGAAAUUUACAUGCGUGCAAUGAAGAUUGGGUAUGAAGCACCAUCCAAGUUUAACCAAACAGGAAGUCUGCUGGGUAAAAUAAUCCCACGUUGUAUCGAUUCGAAUGCUACCGUCCGCCAGACAGCUAUUGAUGUACUGAAAAAAAUAUUGGAAAUUGCGUGCAUCUAUGAAACCCUGACGAUUGCCGAUAAUCGUGUGGAUUGGGUAAAGGAGUUGGACCUUAUUAGGGAUGAAAUCGUGACGGAUGAUGCGAAAGAUAUCUACCGUAUUGCUGGACAGUUGGCGAACAUAAUCGCAUUGAGGCUGUCGAGCUAUCAGUAUGUGCAAUUCAGUAAAUGCUUGCUGUACAGUUUGAAAGAUCCCGAGCAUAGCUCUGCCAUUGGAGCUUCGGUCGUGUUGAAAUUUUUCAUGCAAGUAAAAGGAUCUGAGAUGUUUCAUGCAAUCCCGGAGCUCGUGAAGGAGUGCCUCUAUGCGGUUAAGAUUUGUGAAGUUUCGAGAGCACGUUCAGGCGUUCUAAAAUCGAUGUUGGCUCUUACGAAACAUCAUCCGAAGCUGGUGUGCAAUGAAAUUCUUGGUCAGAGUUUACCACUUGAAGAAAACGUUAUCGACUACUGGCGUACCGUUACGUUGGAUUCGGAAUUGACUGGUAUAAUAUUGGACAAUUUCAUUGGUGCGGUAACCACAUCAUGCCUGUACGAACAACAGCAUCAGGAAAAACCUCGUGACGAUGCUCAGAAAGCUGUCACCCUAAUGCCAUUUUCGAUCAUUUGUGUUUUUAAUGAGAUUUUCAAAAGUCAGGACAUCAAAGCCGAGCUGAAAACAAGAUUCACGGAAAUAUUCUGCAUGCUUCUCUCAACGUUAGCUACCUACAUAAAUUUGCUUCCCCCUUGUAACCAUGUGAUCCCCCAGGAGGGUACCAACGUAACCAUUCCCAAAAGUGUCAAACGUGGAAAAUCCACCACUAAGGACUCCAGACUGAAUCCAUGUCAGGUUGCAUUGGAUACGUUUAAAACAUUUCUGGACACGCUGGACAUGCAGCAAAUCUCGAACGUACUUUGCAUAUGUCCGGACCUAGCAUCUUGCACCGAUCUGAAUAGCUUCAUAGAAAUUCUUACACCACUGAGCGUGGCAACGGCAAGUGAGGUUGGCAUAAAUUCAACCACGAUGAAGCAAAUCGUUACCACGUUGAGUAAAUACGUGAGCAGUCCGUACGACACUCAAAGGAUCGCUUCUACUGGAUUCUACUCACACCUUGUUCCCCUGAAGCCGUGCGGAGAAAUAUCAUCCGUCAUCAUGCUCCAUCUGAAUUCAUCUCUGAAUGACCCGAAUCCACUGGUACGAGGCCUUAGCAUUCGAGGUAUGGCAUACUUGUGCAACCUGACCGACCACGAUAUCGACAAAUAUGCCGAAAUGUGUCUCACUGCUAUGCUCAAGGGAAUCGAUGAUUAUAACAAAAAUUGUUUCAUUAAUAUUCCACUGGAGAGCAUGAGAGGUCUUUCGAAAAUUCUACAAUCCCUCCCGCAAGACAAGUUUCAAAUGUUUCAAAUAUCGUUGGCAAUUCGAAUAAAACCGUUCUUCGAGAACACUUCAACGGAAUUGCGGGAAACGGCAAUACUAUUGUUUGGUGAUCUUUGCCAUCAAAAAGCAGUCAUAGCACAGCAACAACAACAAGACCAACAGCCGCAACAAGCCAAUGGGUCCAUCGAUUCGGAAGAGAAUCUAGUUUCAGAAUCUUUGAUGGAACAAUUGAAAGCAAAUUUGUGCUCGCUUCUAUUGCAUUUGAGCGAAGAGAAUAAUCUUAUCGCCAGGGCUUGCAAAAUAACGCUCAAGAAUGUGUGUUCGCUGUUGGGAACAACUAAAAUGAAUCAAUUGGCACAGAAUCACCUACUAGAGCACGGUCAGUUGCAGUAUGGGAACUUCAUAAAGGAUUUUGUUAAGCACAUUGGCGAAGAGCUGCCGGAUUCGGUCCACGAUUUCAUCGAUGCUUGUCUCCCGUUCCUGCGCAGUCAGUGGCCUGAAAUACGAGGCAAUGCAGCAAUUUUGAUAGGAUUGCUACACACGCAGCAUAAAUCGAUACACCAGAUGGACUCUGUGGGGCAUAAAAUCUCUCUCUUGCUAAAGGACGAAGAUGCAGGAGUGAAGAUAAAAGCUUCAGAAGGAUUGGGUUACAUAUAUGGUGAAUGUUAAAC